AUGAGCUGGAACGCCCGAUUCGUGAGCACGGACAACAUCGUGGGCAGCAGCCGCUGGAAGCUCGCGUACGAGGCCUUCGAUCGCGCGAGGGGCAUGCGCGUGGCGUAUUGCGUCAUCAACCUCGCGGGAGCGGAGCAGGAGAUGGACCGGAUCAUCAGGGCCAUCGAGGCCGACAGGCAGCAGGGCGAGAUCCACCUCGUGACGGAGCUGUUCGCGGCAGGUAACAUCCGCAGCUACCUGUCCGGGCGGGAUGCGGUGGAGCCGCGGGUGUUCAGGAAGUGGGGGCGGGACCUGCUGAUGGCCAUCGCCUACCUGCACAGCCUGGACGUGUCUUCUCUGGCCCUGACCGUCAAGGCGAAGAACGUGCUCGUGCACGCCGAGUUGGGUGCGGUGAAGCUCGACAUCCUCAGCGUGUCCUCCCUGGUGUCCGAGAGCUCGAGCAGGAUGCCCAUCGAGGAGGCGAAGCUCGCCGCGCCGGAGCUGCUCAUGGGUCACAAGGGUCAGAGCAUGGACGUCUACGGCUGGGCCAUGAUCCUGCUGGAAGGCGUGACCGGCUGCCGGCCGUACGGAGAGUGCACGAAUUACUCGCAGCUCUUCGAAAAGCUCGCGAGGUACGAGCCCCCGGACGUCCUCGAACGGGCGGAACCGCGCUCGCUCCGGGAGGUCCUGCGCAUGGUGUUCGUGCCCCCCGUCGAACGACCGACCGCGUACGCCCUCAUGGAGGAGCGGGCCUUCACGAUCGACCCCGAGAUGCACGGCCUGCACUUCCUGGUGCUGGACGACGACGCGGUCAACCGAAAGGUCUGCUGCAGGAUCCUCUCGAACGAGGGGCUGGAGUCCACGGACGCGGAGGACUGCGCGCGGGCCGUCCAGCUGCUCGGCACCCGCCCCUUCGACGUCCUCCUCACGGACAUAGUCAUGCCCGUGAACGGUUUCGAGACCACGCGGUUGAUCCGCCAGCUGGGGUUCGUGGACAUCUACAUCAUCGGCGUCACGGCGCACGCAACCGACGAGCUCAAGAGCCGUUACAGAGAAGCGGGAAUGGACGCGUACGUCAUCAAGCCUUUCACGAUCGUCCAGGUGAGGGAGGCCCUGCGGACGGCGUUCCUCGGGCGGUCGGAAGACCUCAGGCGCGGACUGGGCCGUUCGUUAUCCACGGAAGACCGCUCCGUCAGCGGGUCCAUGGAGCUCGUCACGGUGGCGGAGUGA